CAAAGACUGACUGACGUAGGAUCGCUGAUAACAAAACAGGAUAAAAACUUUUCCUGAGAUGCAGUAAGGGCAGCUUCAAGGGAUGUAUGGUAAGAGGGGUGAUGACCUGAAGGAGACAGAUCUCAUCGCUAUUUCUAUUCUAUUCCAGGGAAAUCCCCUCCACAAAUGGCCUGGAGGAACCACAGCAUCAUCACCGAGUUUAUUCUCACGGGGCUGUCCGACGACCCCCACAUCCAGGCUCUGCUCUUCGUGCUCUUCCUGGGGAUUUACCUCCUGACCAUGAUGGGGAAUCUGAUGCUGCUGCUGGUGAUCAGGACCGAUUCCCACCUCCACACGCCCAUGUACUUCUUCCUGAGUAACCUGUCCUUCCUGGACCUCUGCUUCUCUUCUGUCACUGUGCCCAAGCUACUGAAGGACCUUCUGUCUGAGAAGAAAACCAUCUCAGUAGAGGGCUGCCUGGCUCAGGUGUUCUUUGUGUUUAUCACCGCAGGGACUGAAGCCUUUCUGCUCUCGGUGAUGGCCUAUGACCGCUAUGCCGCCAUCUGCCACCCUCUGCUCUAUGGCCAGGUGAUGAGCAGCCAGCUCUGUGUGAGGCUGGUGCUGGCCUCAUGGGGCCUGGCUUCCCUCAAUUCAGUCAUCAUUGUGCUUUUGGCUAUUAACCUGGACUUCUGUGAGGCCCAAACCAUCCACCACUACACCUGUGAGCUGCCCUCCCUCUUCCCUCUGUCUUGCUCUGAUAUUUCCAUCAAUAUUGACAUCUUGAUCUGCUCCACCUUACUGCAUGGGCUGGGAACCUUCCUCCCAAUCUUCUUUUCCUACACCCGUAUUGUCUCCACCAUCCUGCGCAUCACCUCCACCUCAGGCAGAAGCAAGGCCUUCUCCACCUGCUCCUCCCACCUCAUCGCAGUGAUCCUGUUCUUUGGCUCAGGUUUGAUUCGCUAUCUUAUGCCCACCUCGGGUUCCUCCCUGGAUUUGCUCUCCUCCUUGCAGUACAGUGCAGUCACGCCCUUGCUGAAUCCCCUCAUCUACAGCCUAAAGAACGUAGAGGUGAAGGCGGCUGUGAGAAGGACAGUGGAGAAAUACCUACACUAUUUUAGGUAG